AUGUCCUCCUUGUUCAAGCGGGACGCCACGAGCCUGGUCAGGGAGCUGGGCAGGCAGGGUGAGCUGGUGCCCGUGGACAGCCUGACCAGCGCCCCUCGCCUGCGCCCCUUCUGCCUGGUGAGGAAGAAGCACAGAUGCCACCCCUGGCCUUGGGACACCCCGGUCAUCCCCACAGAGUACUCGCUCAUGGACGUGCUGGAACCAGGCUCCCCGGAUCCAGAGGUAAGCCAGAGUCAGCCUAUCCAUGUCCAAAAGAUGGCGACAGGAGCAGGGACAGGGGCCCCAGGCGCAGGCUCUGGGCCACAGGGACAGGCAAGCAGCAAGGGGACCUGCGGUGCCAAGCUGGCUGUGAAGACUCUCAGUGUUUCCCCCAACACCUGGGAGACACUGGUGGAGCAGAGGAAGGUGAGGGUGCCGCGGCCCCCGUUCCUGCAGAACCAGGAGAAGGAGAGCCUGUACGUAGUGACAGAGGCGGUGGAGACCGUGCAGGACAGCCCGAUGCAGAGCAAGAUGGAGGGUUCGGGGCAGUCGGCCCUCAAGGACCACUUCCUGCAGGCUCAUGACCGGUCCUCCCUGCCGACCACCCAGGUGCCCACGGAGAAGGCAGAGGUCGUCCCGGAGGGCAGCGUCAUGGCCUACAGAGUGCUGCGGCUGGUGAUCAAGGAGGAUCGCUGGGGCCCCGACUCCGACUGGCCCCAGGGCAAGGAGCCCGGCUUUGAGUUCCUGCAGCAGCAGCUGGGGGCCCAGCUGCAGGACCUGGCCGCGCUGCCCCCGGAGCUGAGGCUCACUCUGCUGGGGGCCCUUCGGGAGCUGCUCCGGACUCCCGAGGCCCUGCAGGAGCUGGAGGACUCACUGGAGAAGGCCUUGGACGUCGGGGAGCUGGCGGGGCUGAGUGGCCCCGGCGGCCUCGUCCUGAGCACGCUCCAGGACCCCGCAGGCGGCCUGCCGCCCUCGAGAAAUAGGGCCAUCCUCUGCAUUCUUGGUGCGCUCGUGGUGCUCAGCGACACCCAACUGAACCUGUUGGCUCAGUGCCUGGAGAGGGGCCUCCUGCCCCAGCAGCUGGAGCUGGUGGUGAGCAUCUUGAAGACGACCUUUGACCUGAGGGAGGAGACCACCGUCCCCGCCCCCCUCCCGCCCGGAGCCCUCUCCUCGCUGCCCGAGGAGGACGCAGCGCUGGCCCUGAGCCUGCUGGAGAGCUGCGGCCUGGAGCUGCAGGGCUCCUCUCACCGGCUCACCUGGGACCCCGAUGUGCUGCCCCAGCUCUCUGCGCUCUACGGGGCCCUCGAGGGGCUGCAGCUGCUGGCCAGCCCCUGCGCCCAGCAGGCCCAGGCCUGA